GAGGUCAGCGGCAGUGUUGCCAUGGUAGCGGGCUCCCUGGACCUAGGGGGCUGGCAAGCUAAAUAGGGUCGGUGUCCUUUUGUUCCGCCGGUUUUGCGGCGGAGCCAGGCCGGCGGGACUGCAAAAUGGGCUGAGACCUCGGCGGCUGACCGGACAAGGUCUACUGCAGGGCAAGGGGCGCAACACUGGUCCGGGACCCUAAGAGGUCUGAUUUGAGGAACCGGUGGGGCUGAGGUUUUCUUCGGUCCGGGGGCCUAAUCUGUGCGCCACGGCAGUAUUUCGGGAACCCCAUAGUUGAGGGCCAUAUGACAGGAAGUGUGCGGACCCCAUUCUUGAUGAAUUGGUGACAGGUAGUGAGGGAAUCUGAAAUCUGCGUGUUCACGGGAAUGACCGAGACAGCAGGAAGCUCCCUAAUUUCUGAAGAAUCCGGACUUGAAAAUGGAGAUGUAUGAAACCCUCGGAAAAGUGGGAGAGGGAAGUUAUGGAACAGUCAUGAAGUGUAAACAUAAGGAUACUGGGCGGAUAGUGGCCAUUAAGAUAUUUUAUGAAAAACCGGAAAAAUCUGUCAACAAAAUUGCAACGAGAGAAAUAAGGUUUUUAAAGCAAUUUCGUCAUGAAAACCUGGUCAAUCUGAUUGAAGUUUUUAGGCAGAAAAAGAAAAUUCAUUUGGUGUUUGAAUUUAUUGACCACACGGUAUUAGAUGAGCUGCAACAUUAUUGUCACGGACUAGAGAGUAAACGACUUAGAAAAUACCUCUUCCAGAUCCUUCGAGCAAUUGAAUAUCUUCACAAUAAUAACAUCAUUCAUCGUGAUAUAAAACCUGAGAAUAUUUUAGUAUCCCAAUCAGGAAUUACUAAACUCUGUGAUUUUGGUUUUGCGCGAACUCUGGCAGCUCCUGGGGACGUUUAUACGGAUUACGUGGCCACACGCUGGUAUAGAGCUCCAGAAUUGGUAUUAAAGGAUACCUCUUAUGGAAAACCUGUAGAUAUCUGGGCUUUGGGUUGUAUGAUCAUUGAGAUGGCCACUGGAAACCCCUAUCUUCCUAGCAGCUCUGAUUUGGAUUUACUUCAUAAAAUUGUUUUAAAAGUAGGCAACUUGACACCUCACUUACAGACUAUCUUUUCCAAGAGUCCCAUUUUUGCUGGGCUGGUCCUUCCUGAAGUUCAACACCCCAAAAAUGCAAGAAAAAAAUACCCAAAGUUAAAUGGAUUGUUGGCAGAUAUAGUUCAUGCUUGUUUACAAAUUGAUCCUGCUGAAAGGACAUCAUCUACUGAUCUUUUGCAUCAUGAGUACUUUACUAGAGAUGGAUUUAUUGAAAAAUUCAUACCAGAACUGAGAGCUAAAUUACUACAAGAAGCGAAAGUCAAUUCAUUCAUAAAGCUAAAAGAGAAUUCUAAAGAAAGUGACCUUAUGAAAGAUGAAAGAAAAACAACAUAUACUAAUUCACUGCUUGGUACUCCAGUUUUGGGAAAGGAAAUAGAAAAAGAGAAAAAGCCCAGGGAGAUUAAAGUCAGAGUUAUUAAAGUCAAAGGAGGAAAAGGAGAUAUCUUAGAACCAAACAAGACAGAGUGUGAAGGUGGACAUUGUCAACAGGAUGCUGCUGAAAAUGCUCAUGCUAUGUCUCAAGAUACAAAACCUGUAAUCAGUGAACCGCUAAACGCCGUCAAUCCCAGCACUAAUUCUAAUAGCAUGAAAGAUGAUCCAUAUGCUGGAGGUAGUAUGAUGAUGCCACCCAUCAAUCUAAUGAACAAUAAUUUGUUGGCUUCAAAUCCCAAUUCAAAUCUUUCCCAUCCCAAUUCAAGGUUGACUGAACGAGCAAAAAAGAGACGUACUUCUUCACAAUCUAUUGGACAGCUUAUGCCUAAUAGCAAACAAGAGGAUACAGGUCCCAUUCAAAACCAAAUGGAGAAGAGUGUAUUUAAUGAGCGAACAGGUCCAAAUGACCAAAUGGCAAAUGGAAACAAAAGAAAACUGAAUUUUUCCAGAUCUGACAGGAAGGAAUUCCAUUUCCCAGAACUACCUUUCACGGUACAGCCCAAGGAGGUGAAAGGAAUGGAAGUUAAACAGAUAAAAGUGCUGAAGAGGGAAUCAAAGAAAACAGAUUCAUCUAAAAUACCAACUUUACUUAAUGUGGAUGAAAAUCAAGAAAAACAUGAGGCUAAAGAAAUCCUGACAAAAGAAUCCAAUGUGCAGGAGGUUCGAUGUCCAGUCACCGUCUGUGGAGAUGUACAUGGGCAAUUUCAUGAUCUCAUGGAACUGUUUAGAAUUGGUGGCAAAUCACCAGAUACAAACUACUUGUUUAUGGGAGAUUAUGUUGACAGAGGAUAUUAUUCAGUUGAAACAGUUACUCUGCUUGUAGCUCUUAAGGUUCGUUACCGUGAGCGCAUCACCAUUCUUCGAGGAAAUCAUGAGAGCAGACAGAUCACACAAGUAUAUGGUUUCUAUGAUGAGUGUUUAAGGAAAUACGGAAAUGCAAAUGUUUGGAAAUAUUUUACAGAUCUUUUUGACUAUCUUCCUCUCACUGCCUUGGUGGACGGGCAGAUAUUCUGUCUACAUGGUGGCCUCUCACCAUCCAUAGAUACACUGGAUCACAUCAGAGCACUCGAUCGCCUACAAGAAGUUCCUCAUGAGGGUCCAAUGUGUGACUUGCUGUGGUCAGAUCCAGAUGAUCGUGGUGGUUGGGGUAUAUCUCCUCGAGGAGCUGGUUACACCUUUGGGCAAGACAUUUCUGAAACAUUUAAUCAUGCCAAUGGCCUCACAUUGGUGUCCAGAGCUCACCAGCUGGUGAUGGAGGGAUAUAACUGGUGCCACGACCGAAAUGUAGUAACGAUUUUCAGUGCUCCAAACUAUUGUUAUCGUUGUGGUAAUCAAGCUGCAAUCAUGGAACUUGAUGAUACUCUAAAAUACUCUUUCUUGCAGUUCGACCCAGCACCUCGCAGAGGCGAGCCACAUGUUACUCGUCGUACCCCAGACUACUUCCUGUAAUGAAAUUUUAAACUUGUACAGUAUUGCCAUGAACCAUAAAUUGACCUAAAGGAAAUGGGAAGAGCAACAGUAACUCCAAAGUGUCAGAGAAUAGUUAACAUUCAAAAAAAAAACUUGUUUUCACACGGACCAAAAGAUGUGCCAUAUAAAAAUACAAAGCCUCUUGUCAUCAACAGCCGUGACCACUUUAGAAUGAACCAGUUCAUUGCAUGCUGAAGCGACAUUGUUGGUCAAGAAACCAGUUUCUGGCAUAGCGCUAUUUGUAGUUACUUUUGCUUUCUCUGAGAGACUGCAGAUAAUAAGAUGUAAACAUUAACACCUCGUGAAUACAAUUUAACUUCCAUUUAGCUAUAGCUUUACUCAGCAUGACUGUAGAUAAGGAUAGCAGCAAACAAUCAUUGGAGCUUAAUGAACAUUUUUAAAAAUAAGUACCAAGGCCUCCCCUCUACUCGUGAGUUUUGAAAUCGUUUUGUUUAUUUUCAGGGAUACCGUUUAAUUUAAUUGUAUGAUUUGUCUGCACUCAGUUUAUUUCCCUUCUCAAAUCUCAGCCUCAUGUUGUUCUUUGUUAUUGUCAGAACCUGGUGAGUUAUUUUGAACAGAACUGUUUUUUCCCCCUCCUAUAAGACGAUGUUACUGCACAAGAGCACUGCAGUGUUUUUCAUAAUAAACUUGUGAACUAAGAA